CCAGGGGUGAUUCAGGGAUGUAAUACAGAACGGCUUGCUGAUUGUGGCUAAGUGUGAAACGUACAAUUUCCACGAAUAACGAGCAAUAAGUUAGCGUUAUCAUGCCAGAAGACGCCCCAGCUACUUCCAGCCCUGAAAGCAUGGACGAAAAGCCGUGUUCAUCCAGCCAUGCGGCCGACAGCUGCAGCGAUGUCACGGAGGAGGCGAAGAAGCUGCUCGGCGCGGGGAACCGACACCUGGUUAUGGGGGACGUGGUGUCGGCCGUCAGUGUCUUUCAGGAGGCCUGUGCCAUGCUUGCUGAGAAAUACGGGGACACAGCUGAUGAAUGUGGUGAAGCCUUCUUUCUUUGUGGGAAGGCUUUGCUAGAGCUGGCCAGGAUUGAGAAUACAGUUCUAGGAAACGCACUGGAAGGUGUUCCUGAAGAGGAUGGUGAUGAAGGGGAUAAGAUUGACAGCAGCAGAAUUGAGAGCGCUGACAACCUGGCCGAGAGCACCCGGAAUGAGCUCCGUGUUCUUGUGUAUGAUGCAAUGGCUGAGAAAGACAGAACUGAAGGGAAAACUGAGCCUGAAGAGCAGGGAGUAGAUGCUGCUGCAGAGGAAAGAACAGCAGAGAGCACUGCGAAUGGCAUGGAGGAGGGGGGUGUGUCCCGCGGGCUGGGUGAGAAGACUGAAAGUGGAGUAGUUGGCACUGAAGGGCAGAAUCUAAAACGAAGUGAGGUCAGUGGUGUGGAGGUGGCGACUUCGUCAGAGGGAGCGGAAGAGGAGGAAGAGGAGGAGGAAGAGGAGGAGGAAGAGGAGGAGGCUCAAGAGGAGGAUGAGGAUGGUGAUGAAGAGGGGAGCACAGCUGAUACCAAGGAAAGUGAGGAGGAGGUUGGAAACUUGCAGCUGGCGUGGGAAAUGCUGGAGGUGGCCAAGGUGAUCUACAGAAGGAAGCAGGACAAAGAGGACCAGCUGAUGGCUGCACAGGCCUAUCUGAAGCUGGGGGAAGUUGGAGUAGAAUCAGGUAACUAUUCCCAGGCCCUGCAGGAUUUCCAGCAGUGCCUGGAGCUGCAGCUGAAGUACCUGCCUCCGCACAGCCGCCUGCUGGCUGAGACGCACUAUCAGCUGGGCGUGACCUUCGGCUAUGCCUGCCAGUACCCUCAAGCUGUGCAGCACUUCAGCAGUUCCAUAAAGGUCAUCGAGAGUCGCAUGGCUUUGCUACAGGAGGUCAUUGACAAGGCUGAAGGGGCUGAUGGGGCAGAAGAGAAGGAGGAAAUGGAGGAGCUCAUUCAGCUGCUGCCUGAUAUCAAGGAGAAGAUUGAGGAUGCCCAAGAGAGCCAGAGAAGUGGGGGAGUAGCAUCUGAAGUCAUUCACCAGACUCUGACAGGGGCUUCAUCAGGACUCUCCAGCAGUAGUGGUGCUUCCUCCUCUCUAGGGAGUAAGGAGCCUUCAGAUGGGGCUAAUGCCAAGCCUGUUUCUGACAUCUCCCACCUAGUCAGGAAGAAGCCAGAGAAACCGGCCGCCACUGUGUAAGCUACAGUGUGACGCUUCCACUGAGGACCACAGGAUUCACUACCUACGUGACGUCUUCCCGCUUUAAGCACUUAUUGUAAAUAACAUGCUUUUCAGUUAUUGAUUUUGUACUCUUUUUUUGAAUAAAGGGUUUUUGCAGA